UCCCUGUAAUCAAUCAGAAGAAAUCCAAAUGAGAGGUUUCUUGGCGGCACCACAAGAAUCAGAUCUGAUUCUUACAUUCAUUCUGAUAAGAUAAUGGGAAGAUCACAAAAGCAACAAGAAGUGUAGAAAACAGAGCAGGUAAGAUUUAGCCCUGAAAACACUGAAAUAUAUGAUCUUCUCGGCUUCUCCCCAUUACUGAAUUGGCGUUUACAUCACAUCCAAAAUAUAACAUAUUUUUUACAUGGUUAUGCAAUGGGAUAACCUUACAUCUCGUCUUCUCGAAAUCUUUGGAGAAGAGCAAAUAUUGAAAAAUGAAAGGUAAUAGAACAAUGGAGUAUAGAAAGCCCUGUAACAAAAAAGUUCUUUAGGCUGUAUUUAUUUAGAAGGAUAGAACAAAAGCUAAUUGCCCUACUGUUCCACUUCUCUGAGGCAUUUCAACAAUCAAUUGGUAAGCAAUUCCAAAACAAAACCAAAUUCGCCAAUGCUAUGAAUCGCAAAGAGAUCGUAUACCAACAACUCAGAUCAAUCUAUGGAUCAUCAAAACCAAAAGCUAGGGCAAAGAAUCACAGUACCUGGGCUCUUUUAUAGGAUCAAGGAGGACGAAGAUUAUGGGCGACUCCACCACACAGGAGAGAGAGAGAGAGAGAGACCUGCAAAUAUAGUAGUAGACACUAGACACAUGGUAAGAAUAAGAAAAAGGAGUACUACAAUGCAACCAACCCCUUUUAAAAAGAAAGAGGAGAAGCAAAAGGAGAAGAAGAAGAAGCCCCCAAGAGCACCCCACACCUUCCUCGCCCACCUCAAAUCCAUCCCCUCCCCAUCCGCCGCCGCAGACUCCCUCCUCCACCUCCUGGGCUCCUCCUCCUCCGCUACUACGAAACCCUACCUCGUCGACUACCCCGCCGUGUCCUCCGUCCUCCUCUCCCUCCUCGACGCCCUCCACCUCCGCCGCGGCCCUCCGCUCAGGGACUCCCUCUUCGCCUCCCUCAUCCAACACCUCGGCCGCGCCCGCCUCCCCGACGACGCCCUCCGCCUCUUCCUCUCCAUCCCCUCCUUCCCCUGCGCCGACAAGUCCCCCUCCACCCACACCCUCAACUCCCUCCUCCACGCCCUCGUCGACAACGCCCGCCUCCCCGAGGCCCGGGCCCUGCUCGCCCGCUCCUCCUCCCAACAGCUCGGCCUCCGCCCCAACGCCGUCUCCUACAACGCCAUCCUCAAGGGGUGCUGCUCCUGCGCUUCCCACGGCGCCCUGGCGCGCGCCCGAGAGGUGCUCGACGAAAUGGCCCGCAGAGGCGUCCGCCCCUCGGCCGCCACCUACAACACGCUCAUCAGGUUCGCGAUCCGGAGCAAGCAGUUGGACGCGGCGGUGCGGCUGAAGGAGGAGAUGGGGAGGAAGGGGGUGAGCCCCAACGCCGUCACCUACGCGAUCCUGAUGCGGGGGCUGUGCUCCGAGGGGCGAUUCGAGGCCGCGAAGAAGAUGAUGUUCGACAUGGAGUACCAGGGCUGCGCCGCGUCGGCGGUGAACUACGGGGUGCUGAUGAGCGACCGCGGCAGGAGAGGGGACGUGGCGGGGAUGACGGAGCUUCUCAGGGAGAUGAGGAGGAGGGGGAUGAAGCCAGACGCGGUGACCUACAGCAUCCUGAUCAAUUACAUGUGCGCGAAGGGGAGGGUCGGCGACGCCUACAAGGUGUUUGUGGAAAUGCAGAUGAAGGGGGCGUGCGAGCCGAGCGCGGCGAUGUACCGCAUGCUGGUGGACGGGUGCUGCAGGGCCGGGGAGUUUGAGAUGGGUUUAAGGAUUUCGACCGCAAUGUCGGCCACCAAGCACCGCCUACGCCCGGAGUCUCUCGAGCGGUUGAUAAGGGGACUCUGCCAAAUUGGUAAGGUCGACGACGCUUGCUUCGUUUUGGAGCAGAUGGAGAAGAUGAGCGUCGGUUUAGGCGCCGAGGGAUGGGCUGCUCUGAUAGUGGCCGUCGGCGGGAGAAAUUGCGAUGCGGUGCAGCUUCUGCAUGAGCUGCUUCUAUGAAUUUUUCGCGGCGCUUCAUGUAGGGGAGAGAACCAUGGUUGUUGUAUAUAGAUUCGAUUUAUUCGAAACUUCUCAAAUCAGGCGACUGGUCGCCUCUAUGAUCUGCAAUAUACGAGCUUUGCUUUGUUGCGGAAGU